UUGUGAGCGAGUGAGGGGGAGGACGUGACGCUCCUCUUCUUUCCGAAGUCAUGUGGGACUUUGGACGUAAUUAUCAGUGUAGUUCGGUCAACGAGAGCCAUACAUUCUGAAACUAUUGUAUGAUCUUAUGUUGAGUGUUUCAUAUAGUUUUUCUUGUGAAGUGCUCAUGUUCGCGAUUGUUUACAUUUUGUGACGUGCACGUGUUGUGGUUGUUGUCCUUAGGAAACGGCUUUCAACAUGCGGACUAUUCGUGAGAGCGGCGUAGGGAGCUCAGAAGUUGUCCUGGUCAAAUACAAACGCGCCUCGGCUGACCUGACCAACCACUUCGGGUCCGAUGUGCCCGACCGAGUGGGCGGGCCCAGUCGGGGCGAGGGGGGGUCCGGCGGGUCCUCUCCCCCCACGCCGCUCUAUGUCAUCUACGACGAACCCAACAAUUCCGUUGGGGUGAAGAGGAAUAGCUUCAGAGGUGAGUGCCUGAUCGCGAACCGGCUCUGUUUUCGUUCUCUGCGGACGUUGGGAGAGGAUGUGGGGGCUUGUUAUUUUAUGUGGAUCUGCUGGGUGCCUGGUGGCCCAGGGCGUCGUCAUGCAAGCCCCAUGAGAGGGUGUGGCAGGGAGCUUGGGCGUGUGUGGAAGGUGAAGAUCCCCGGAGGACAUGAUAAAGGCGUGGCGGAGAUGUGUUACGGGCGUAGCAUAGAGGAGAAAGUUGUCUUUUCGGGCGUGUCGGGGUGUGAUCUCGCCUCUUGCCAGGUUACCGGCUAG